AUGAUCCCCCAAUCUGUACUGUCCGUCCUCCUCGCCCUCCCACUCUUGUCGUCUGCACAUUUUGCCCUCGAUUUUCCACCUCCGCGCAGCUCCGACGACGAGAACCAGGCCAGCUUCCCCUGCGGCGGGUACGGGCAGACGCAGAACCGCACGCUGGUCUCGCCGACGUCGAUCCCCGUGGCCAUGAACUUGGGCCACACGGAGAACCUGGUGCAGAUUUUGCUGGCCAUCGGCAACGACGUGGGAUCCUCGUUCAACUAUGAGAUUCUACCCACCAUCCAUGAAUUCGGCCCGGGCGAUUUCUGUCUGGCUGCCGUCCCGGUCCCAGCCGACCUGAACAUCACCGACGGCACGAACGCCACCCUUCAGGUCAUCACAAAUGCUCACUCGGGCGGUGGGCUUUACAACUGUGCGGACAUUCAAUUCUCUUCGACCGCCGCCGAAUCACCGUCGUCGUGCAAGAACGGCACCGGUAUCAGUGCCACCCCGCUCUCUGGCAGUGCAUAUACCUUUGCCAAUCAGUCGACCGGACACCACGACGACUCUGGGUCUGGGUCUGGGUCCAGCAGUGCAACUGCAACUGCGACUGCAUCCGAAUCCGCGAACUCGGCUAGCAGCAGUUCCUCUGCCUCGGCGUCGGCCACUAGUGCCAGCGACAAUAGCAAUGGGGCGGCCAUGCUCAGCCUUGGCUGGGGAUUGUUGGGUGCUGUUGUUCUAGGUGCGGUGGCUGUCCUUUAA